CGGAAAUUCCUAGACUAGAAAAAAGACCGCCUGGAUUCAAUUUGAAAAGGAUACAUACUCUGUCAGAACGAACCCUCAGCUGGACAGUCAUGAGUUUUUCUCCGAGCCCGUACGUUCCUGUCAGCGCGCGCAGCAUUCAAGAGCAGCGGGAACGUUGGGACAGGAAGAGGAAGCGGACAGGGCGAGAGCUGGUCCAGAGUGAGCAGAGAUACUGCGCAAAGCUGGACCUCAUCACCACAUACUUUGUGGAGAUUCUGAAGGCCAAAGGAACCCUGAGGCAGGACAUUAGAGAGAGCAUCUUCAGUUCAAUUAAAUCAAUUCAUUUAGUAAACCAGACGCUGCUUGGCCAUCUGGAGGACGGAAGCUUUGGUGUUGGAUUUGCCCAGUUCUGCCCUCACCUGCAUUUCUACACCGCCUAUGUCGACAACUUCCAAACAGCAAAGAAGAUCCUUGCGGUGCAGCUGAAGAAAAACAAAGCGUUCAGACGAUUUAAGAAGCUUCAGGAGGCCAGACCCGAGUUCCACAAACUGAAACUUGAAGACCUGCUUCCUCUUCCCCUAGAGCGCAUUCAGCAGUACAAUCAUUUCCUGAGGGACUUGACUGAGAACACCAGUCCAGACAACCCAGAGUUCCAGCAGCUUUCAAGGGCGGUGAGUGCCGUCUCCGAGGUGGCCCAGCGCAUCCAGGACAACGCCCGCAGCCAUGAGAACCACCUGCAGCUGCAGAGGGUCCAGAAACUGCUCAAGGGCCGAAAGACCAGGCUGCUGGCUCCAGGUCGCUGGUAUAUCCGUGAAGGUUGGCUGAAAACGGUGCCCCCUAAAGGCACGGAGACCAAACCCAAGAUGUUUUUCCUCUUCUCCGACAUCUUGGUUCAAGCCAAGCGGUGUAGUCCGAUGCACCCGACAAAUGGAGACAAGCUGACAUGUCAGAGUGUCUACCCGCUUAAGGAGUGCACCGUGGACAAAGUGUUUGGCCACACCCAGAGCCAGGGAGGCCUCAUCAGUUUGACCUUCUCCAGAGCCAAGCUGCUCCUCAUGUCCAGCGAUCAGGAGGACAUUAACGAUUGGUACCGCAGUCUUUGCCUGGCCAUCGGAAGGCUGAAAACGAAGAACACAGUAGUGCACAAGAGAGAGGAGCUCCUCCGACCGCCGCUCCGCGCAGCCACACACAGCCAGCAGAGUGCACCGGCCUCGUCCCAAAUACACAGCAGGAAGAGGGCUAUGGCGAGUGAACAGGGGACUGAGAGCGGCAUGAGCAACUACAGACCUCCAGCUGGAGAGAGUGCAGGCAGCGCAUCCAAAAAGAUAAAACUCUCUGAGGUUCCUUCUGGAAGAUCCCAGGAAUCGUCCGGCUUGAGCUGCAUCAUUCUGUAAAAUUCCUGAACGUGACUGAGAGAACCGGUGGUACUGCUGGGAGACUGGUAUAAUCCACACACUAUAUUCGCUUCAUUAUUACUGGAAUAAUGCUAUCAGUUCAUAUGCGAACAUUUUAAGAGUGAUUUUUCUCUGAAAUGUUCUAUUUCUUUAUUUGUACUCCUGAAUGCCAAAGAACAAACAUCGACUGUGUUCCUUAUUUACAAAUGUGUUUUAUUUGUCUUUUAUGUUGUUAGAGCCAUCAUGCAUAACUCUGUCGACUGAACUCUAUGCUAGAGGCACAAAUCUUUAAGUGCUGAACACAUUAAGCGGUGUUGCUUUUAUAUGUAUUAUAUAUUUUUACUCGUAUCAUAUAUAGCUUCUACUAACCUACACUCCUACAAUUAUUUAUAACACCAUAACAUCAUGUGUUCUUAUUACUGGGGAAGAAAGAUGAAGUGAAUGUAAAAUGGGUGCAUGAAGGGAUUUUACUACUGAUUGUGUAUGGACAGGUUAUACUGAUUUGUGAAUCAUGGUGAUCUUGUAUAGCAGGGAAUCGUCAGUGAUCUGCACACAACUGAUUUCCACUGUGUGUUGUAUUACUGUAAUGUUUAUAAUGUGUUGUCUUCAUAAUACUCCCUUCUUACCAGUUGUAUUAAUGUUGCUGAAAGCUGUUACACUGGACCAUAGUUUAUUCAUUGAAUCGAUCAAAUCUAUAUAACCCUUUGUGAUAACAAUUUAAAUUUUCAAUUUAUGUUUGUAAUUAGACACUGUGUAAGAUUCUUGGCUUUCGGCUCAUUUUAUGAGGUUGGUUCGAUCAGGUAAUCGGACCUUGUCUAACACUGAACUAAUUUUUUUUUUUUUUUAAUCAUAUUGAAUCAUAUUCAACAUAUUCACAUAUUGUUCUGGGUGUAUAUUAAGAAUGAUUUAUUUGUUUUAAUCGCAUUUAAUAGUUUAUAAUGUUUUAUUAGACCUGCAAACCUGAGCAUGUUGGGAGAGCUUACCUGAUGCCGUGUGGUGCAUUAUAUAUCCAAAAGCGCCCUCUUGUGGUCAAAGUAAUCACCCAGCUAUGUGUACCAUCCUGAACGAUUUGUAAUGUGUAGACAUAAAUCCUUGUUUAGACACUUCAUUAUGAACACACUGGCCAUUUAUCAGUAAACAAUAAAACCCUACUUGAGGGGAAAAAAAACAAGUGAGGUUCUUUACUUUGUUUAUUUAUUUAUUUAAUCAUUGAUUAGUUCAUCUUCAGCUUUAAACUAAUCAUGGUCGGGGUGGAUCCAGAGACUAUAAUGGGAAUACUACGUGUAUGGUGGUAAUACACCAGACAAUUCAUGCAUGUGCACACACACAUUCACACACUUAUUCACACCUAGGGGUAGUUUAGGAAACCAGACAAUCUGGUGGAAACCCACAGUGACCUGAGGAGAACAUAUGAAAUUCUACAUGUAAAGUAACCCAAGCUCAGUGGCCCUGAUGCUGUGAGGUGGCAAUGCUACCCACUGUGUUAAUAUGCCAAACAUAACUAAAUCAUACAUCCAAUAUAUCAGAAGACUACUGUAUUAAAAUGCAAGAUAAGUAAAUAAAGUGAGGCACUAGUUUACCUGUGAGAUCUUUAAGCAGGGUUAUUGAUCUCCAUGUGUACAAUGCUAUAGCGCACAACAGGCAUUUGUGUCAUUCAUCAUAAUCAUCUUCAUUUUACAGACCUAGAUAGCUGAUAAAGAGUGUCCUGAAUAGUCUUCUACUCCAGAAUCACACACUUCCCUGUAGUAAAUGUCCUUUGCAGACUUACAUUGGUUUCUGUAUGGCCUUUUAUAUGAAAUACCUUUUUAAAAAAAAUUUAAUGCAGAGAACAUGGUAUUUGCACAGAGCUGAUGAGGUGGCUGUUAAGUUUCUCGAGGUCUACUUUGUGGGCACAAAGCACCUCAACUUUUUUUUUUUGUCAACUUUUUUUUUUUUUUUUUUUUUUGGUUUUUUAAUGACUGAGAAAGCGGAAUCAAUUGAAUUAGACCACUGUCACCACAGAAUACUAAGCAUGGACAUUGUUCAUUUUCAGUAAGCACUUUAUCCUGGUCAAGGAUAAAGAUCAGUUUAUGUAGCCUAUCCUGGGAACACGGGGCACAAGGUAGUGUUACAGUAGUUGUAAUACAUGCUCAAGAAGUUGCUAGAAGUUAUAGGCAGAUUUACAUAUUCGUUGAACUGUCAUGAUCAUCAAAACGGGUUACGUGAAGGAGGAAGAUUUUCUUAAGACUGGUUAGAGGGCCACGGUCCAGAUGUGCAUCCAGGAAAGUACUUUACUGUUCCUCCUAAACCAUGCACACCAAAAACCAUACCAGAGCUGAUCAUUGUAACCUAUGAAAAAUGGGUCAGAUGACUGCUUUACAGGUGCAUAGGGCCAAAUGCUGUAAUAAAUAAGUAAAUAAAUAAAAAUGUGUAUGUGAGAUGAUGAGUGAGAUGAAACACUGGUACACUGUGAUUGUAAAAUCACUGGAACUCAAUCUCAGAGAAGCUGGAGUAAACCCACACAGACCCACGGAUUAACCUAAGAUUAGAAUCGACACCUCUCUCGAGCUGUAUCCACUUCACCUCUGUGUCACCCAGCAUGCAACAACUUUCUCUUUAUUGAUAUAUCUUGGCAUAUACAAAUAGCAUACAGUUUAUUUGUGUGCAUGGUAAAGGAGAGUAGGCGUAGGCCUACAGGGGAAGCGAGAAUGUAAGUAAUUACAACCUGCUAACCACUAAGCUACUUUGCCCCCCCUUUAAGACAUUAUAUUUAACUCAAAUGAAAGUGGAUCUACUGAGAAUGGGGCAGUGGUGGCUUGACUGUUAAGGCUCUGGGUUACUGAUUGGAAGGUCGGGGUUCAAGCCCCAGCACUGCCAGCGUCUGGGUUACUGAUUGGAAGGUCGGGGUUCAAACCCCUGCACUGCCAGGCUCUGGGAUACUGAUCGGGGUUCAAACCCCAGCAUGCCAAGCUCUGGAUUACUUAUCCCGGUCAGUAACCCGGUCAGGGUUCAAGCCCCAGCACUGCCAGGCUCUGGGUUAUUGAUCGGAAGGUCGGGGGUUCAACCUUGAGCAAGGCCCUUAACCCUAUCUGCUCCAGGGGCGCCGCUUCAUGGCUGACCCCAACCUCCUAACACGCUAGAAUAUGUGAAGAAAAAAAGAAUUUCACUCAGAUGGAUAUCUGAUCAAUAAAGGCUCGUUAUGUUCAUACUUUCAGCAUUGCUUGUCAUUUUAUUCAUAUACUUUGUUUUAUCCUUAUCAAACCUCAUCAAACAUGUGUACAGUUUGUAUUACAUCCUUGAACUGUUUUGUUUCUGUUUACAGACAUUUGUGGCAAACAUAAAGCCAACAGGAAAAAAGUCAGCUUCCUUUUGCUGUUAUCAGGAACUAUCAGCUUGAGGGCAUCUGCGUCGGUGCAUUUGUGGCUUAAUGUUUUUGAAAAGGCAUUUUGAUUCCGCAUUAUGGAAAAAGCCUCCAGCUAUGACUUUGCAUAAUAUUGCUUUGUGGUGCUAGAGUUAGCCACAGAGUGGCAGUGCUGCUUUAUUGGAAGAGUAACGCCUGUGUUUCUGUCUCGUCUUAAUAUAUUACCACAGAGUCUGUAUCGCAGUGUUUACAACAUGGGCUGGUUUGUGUGAAUUGGUUCAGCCAAUGUUUUGCUGUAUAACCUGGUUAACCUAAAAUGACUGGCUCGGGUCAUUCCUUUUCUCUUUCAUUUGGAGUUUAUUAAUCAUUCAUAAAUGACAGAGGUCACCAUAUUUGGUUUGUGCUUCACCUCUUUUGGUGUACAGGUAGUUCUGUACAUGUCUCUAAUUUAUAACCCGAGUUGCUUGCUUUAUUUGUGCGUGUGUGUUUGUUCACGUUAGUUUGACUAACAUUUCUCUGGUUUAUAAGUUUCAGAGCUACAAGGCUUUAUCCUAGAGCAUAUACUUUUUUCCCUAUAUACAGUAUGCCACCUCUGGGUACAGUUAUUCAUAAAAAUGGGUUUUAGCGUUCACUGAUGCCACAGCUAUAUGUUUCAGCAAAGCCAGAUCACAGACACAAGCUUAAUAAUGAAUGUGGAAAGAACUUUAGACACUGGAUCCUGAGUAACUUCCUCAUACUUGAUUCAAACAAUAUAGAAGUACUUUGACUAGAUUAAGUAAGCUAUCUAAUUAUGCAGUAACUCUAGAUGGCCUUUCAGUUCCAUCAUGUGUAGCGAUGAAAGACUGUGGUGUGAUUGUUGACAAUAUAAAUAAAAUUAAAUUGAAGUUCACCGAAGAUGUUUGCUCAUACUGUACAACUGUGAUAUCUAGGCAACAUAAGCACAUAGCCAGGUGGCUAGUUCACUGCUAUUAAUUAAAUUAGCUCACAUCUAUCGCAUGUAAACACAAAUUUGAGUCCAGGUUUCUAGUCUUGGUCUGAAUUAUCAGUUGGUCAGAUUUAUUUGAUAUUAGGUAAACCUGCUCAAAUAUACCACAAUUCUGUUUUCUUUUUGUCUAACAACAUGCUUUUAAUCUGUAUAUUAUUAGGCUUAGAUCAUGUAUGGCAUCUGUAAUACAAGUUGCUGUGAAUGAGCGGUUGCUAUAGAAAUGGUAAUGUAUUAUAACACUAACGAGCGCAUUAAUAUAAACCUGUGGUUUGAAUGACAGUUCGGUACUCUCAGAGCUGUUGUUAUAGAAAAUGAAUCAGAUUGGGGAAUUCAACAGCGCUGUGGUAUAAAUUUCAUUUUUAUAACCACAGUACAAUAAAAAGGCAGGAGAGAGAAAGGAGUUUUCUACAGAAGUGAUUUUCUAGGUAACAUAUGUUUGUGCUACUCUGCAGUAGUAAAUCACAUUUUGUCUCAAUUUGACGGGUUGUCUUGGAUAAUGGGGGGGGGGGAUCUCUGAUAUCUCUGUGUGUGGUUGUGAAUGGACAAGUCUAAACUAUAUAGGUUGCAUAAGGGUAACAGUUCAGUGAAGGUGAUUAUGGAGAAAAGACAGAUCAUUAAUAUUCACGUAAUGUCCAUUUUCUUAUGUGUACAGUGUGCUGAUUUAUAUUUGUACUGAAAAGAGAUUAAAGAGUAACGUGCAAAUAUAAGUAGAUGAUUCCAAAUAAACUUGCACUGAUUUGUGACUUAGAUUAUUGAGGACAGCAGGAUUAAAUUACAUUUACCCAAUAUCCUAUUAUCUCAAAUAUAACCAACCCAUCAGCCAUCAAGAAAUGUGCAUAGUGUCUGAAGUUUGUAGUAGUGGUGCUAAAAAUGUUGAGCACCAUAUCCUUGAAAGCUCCAGCACCAAAUGAAAGAAGCUCAUGUUGGAAACCAAACUUGCCUUGGGUCAUGAACAAUGUUUGACCUGCAUGAACUGUCUUCAUAAAGACUCAUCCCUUCCCCUCAAUGGAGAAUGACAUGGAAAUCAGUGGAUGUUUUUGAGUCAAAUGGAGGACAUUACUAUUCAUUUUUAAGAGUAACUCCCAAUGAAUCAGGACUACACAUCAGCUUAUACGUCUUGUUCGGUAUAUUGUUAAGCUAUCAGGAAUUAUGUGUUUGAAAUUGGAAACAAUAAACGAAACACUUUUCAGAUCUUGCCUCUGUAAAACAAGGAACAAAGUUUGCCUGGAGUUUUUGAUUGUUUAAAUGCAAUAUGUGUAAACUAGAUAUAUUAUGACGGGCGUUUGGUGGAAAAAUCAGUUACGUUUCAUGCCAUGAAUUGCAUAUCAUUUUUACUUUUAUUCAUAUCUAAAUGGCAGUUUAUUCCCAAAGUAACAAGCAAAUUAUGCCACAAAAAUGUCGCUAAUUAGGAGUAUUGAAAUUAAGAAUGCAUUCUCUUCAUUUUCUGGCUUCCACCUUAUAUUAUACAUAAUUGCAUCAGUAGUAGUAAAAUGUUAUAUGGUGUCAUGCAUUAGUCAUCAUCAUGGUCUUUCUAAUAAUAAAUAUAUAAACUGUAGAAUUUUGAUGCCAUAGCAUGUAGGCCUCAUGUGACCAAGCCACUUUCUGAGCAUUUUAUUUUGAUCUUGAUAUUCAAGGCUGUACUAGUGUUUCCUCUAAAUUUCAACACUGGUGUACAAUUUGAAAGUCGUAUAAAAAGUGUCAUAACUCCUUUUAGGUUCGUGCACUUUCAUCAUAACCAAAGUUCAAACUUUUUCUAGAUUCACUGUACAGACUUUCAGGCUGUCUCAGGAAAAGGGAAAAUAUAAAAGGGUUUUAGGGCUAGUGCUGACAAUAAGGGAAAGUCUAAACACCACAGAUUCAGAACAGAUUUGUCUUGGGUCUGAUACUAGAUUUAAACAAUGGUCAUGUCUUUGUGUUUACAACAUGUAUAGACUAAUAUUCACUACAUUUGAAAAGUUUUUUGUAUGUUUGCAAAAUUUUUCUGGUUGAUUCUACAUUCAUUACAGCAUCAUUUUAGUCAUACAGAGUCUUCAUAAUUUACCCAGACACAUUAGGAAAAUUAUGAUAUUCCUGAUGGUUUUGUCUUUCUUCCUCUUAUUCUGCAUUAAUAUUGUUUGGAUUAAUCACUUAAUGCCUACAUGAGAGCUAACUAAAUCUUUUCCACAGUUAUUAGCUAGCUUCAAUGCCUGACAUCUAUAUUUUUUUGUUGCCCAGGUGAAAGAGCCCCAUGAUCUUACACCCUUGAAUGGUUCCAUUUCAAUUCAUUUACAUUUUAUUUGUAUAGUACUUUCAACAAUACAUAUGGUCCUAAAGCAGCUUCACAGACAUGAGCAAGAGACAAAAGUUGCAAGGAAAAACGCCCUGCUAUAACAUGAGGAAGAAAUCAGACUCUUCUGGGUGACAUCAGUUAGCGAAUGUACUAAUCAUUACUCUUCCUCUCUAACUGCAUGCUAAAAAGGCAAACACUACCAAGUGUGCUGAAAGGAUGUUCUGUAUGAGACUUGGGAUGAAAACAAAACUGUCAUUAUGAUUCCAGCAGCAGUUUUUAGAAAGCACAAAUAUACUGUAAAACAACUGUACACUUGCACCAUUAUAUUGCCAAUGCAAAUCAAUUUAUAACAUUUUUGACGUGCGUUUUUCUGGAUUUUCUUGUUGUUAUUCUGUCUCUCACUGUUCAAAUAAAUCUACCAUUAAAAUUAUAGACUGAUCAUUUCUUUGUCAGUGGGCAAACGUACAAAAUCAGCAGGGGAUCAAAUACUUUUUUCCCUCACUGUAUAUAUAACACAGCAGUAGCUGUUUUAUAGUAAGCAGUGGUCCUACGGGACAGAUUCCUAAUGGAAGUAAAUAUUAACACACUACUGACUCGCCAUAGAUUUAUGCUUUGUUUACAUGUUUGUGUGGCCAUGACAGUGAAGACAUACAGUUCUUGAAAAAAAUGCCCAUCUCCUUUCAAAACCUAAGCCAUUCUUGACUCAUGUACUAUCAUAUAUGAUUUAUUCUCACUUACCUCUCUUAAUUCAUACUCUAUUAUAGUCUCAAUGUACCACAGAAUGUUAUAGAAAUGAUAUUUACAAGUUACAGCAUUCUUGAGCAACUUUGAGUUAUUUAUCUAGCUUAUGAGCUAUUAAAACCCUCAGCUGACAUGUUUUACCUUCUGAGCCAUAGCCACUCUGACCUGUUUCACGUUUCGUAACUACUCCCGGUGGAAAGCAUCAGAUCCUUAUCAUGCACAAAAUCUUCCUUCUUCCUUGGAAGUGUUUUUUCACUACUUCACAUUGGAAACUCUGAAUAUUUUCUAUUUAAUAAGAUCCAGUCAGGGAUAAUAAACAUCAGUGGUCCCUCUGGCGCCUACAUUUGUCUUCCACCAACAUGGAUAUGAUCCAAAUCAUGAUAACUUUCCUCAAGUUCGAGGACAUAGCGAUAGGCUUUUUAAUGGAAAACACUUUCCCUGUUGUCACAUGCAGGAGCAUUGUGUUUGUUACAGAGGUUUGUGUAGUGAUUCUGGCACUAUUAAGAACAUCCUGAGUGUUUGCUCUUUAUGCA